GAGCUCUUAUAUAUACUAGUUUAAUUGUGUUUCUCAUCUCUUUCGUUUAAUAUAGUAGAGCUUCUGUUAUAGAUUUUUUUUUUUAUCCAGGUUUGUCGACAUCAUAAACAAACAAUUCUAUGUAAACAACUUUCAUUUUCGAGAAAAAUGGAACGACCGCACCAUCUAUUCUCUUAAUUCUUUGAAAAAUAAGAUAAUUAGUAAUUAAGUCUAUAAACCAAAACAGUAAGAUUAACUUGGUGUAUAUUGCUACUAUUUUCCUACUCACAAUCUGCUCACAACAAUUUCUGUUCAACUUUCCAAACGAUUCAAAGUCUAUCUCAUAGGGUGAAAGUUCACAUAAAGUGGCUUCAAUUUGAUAUAUUAAGUAAAUUUAUUCUUGUCGUUUACUCGGUCAACCCAAGCUCCUAAUUAUCGUUCCUUUUUCCAGGAAGCAAUUGCUUCUAGGAGUCUCUCAUUCAACCAUUGGAAUUAUACAAAUAAUAACUAACUUGGACGUAUCAAUAAUAUAUUAGUUCAUUGGUUUUUGCUUAUGAACUCAGCUUUUUUCAACACAUUCCUUUGUUUACCGCUUUAAAAAGAUUGCGACUAUGAAGGUCACACUUUUGCUCUAUUACCUUUUAUCUUUUUUUUUGGUCUAUUACUUAGAAAGGACAAUUCAUGUUCGGCCACAUACAAAAUGCAAUUGGUCUAACUGGGAACGCUGGCCUCAUGAAGCGAAGCCUUUCCAUGUUGCAUUGGUAGCCGAUCCCCAGAUCGUAGAUAACGGUACUUACAGUUAUCCCAGGCCUUUGCUACGUCUUGUACAAUUCAUCGCCGACCAGUUUUUAUUUCGACAUUGGCGAUACCUUCACAAAAAGCUCAAACCGGAUCUAACCAUUAUAAUGGGUGACCUGAUGGAUACCGGAAGAGAAUUUAAUCGUGAUGAAUGGAAACAAGAUUUAGAAAGAUUUAAUAGAAUUUUCGAUUUUAACGCUGCUGAGCAUGUUGAAGUUUACCCCGGAAAUCAUGAUAUUGGCUUCGGAGAAAAAACUUACUACGAGAAAAUAAAAACAUUUGAAUCAAUUUAUGGACCUACCUCUCGAUCCGUAAUUGCUGGCAAUCAUACCUUGGCUUUGGUUGAUGGGAUUCGACUUUCAAAUACUCUAUCGCCUGACGUAUACGGAAAACCAAGAUCUUACUUGGAUUUUUUCAACAAGGAUAAAGAAUCAUCAUCACCGGCGAUUCUUUUUGGUCAUGUUCCCUUAUAUCGUCCGGAUGGCACAUCCUGUGGGAAACUGCGCGAGCAAAAGGAUACAAUAUCAUUCGGUUAUGGUUAUCAAUACCAGAACGUACUUUCUAAAGAGCUUUCUGAAAAAAUUUUAAAGGACGUUAUGCCAAUUGCAGCAUUCGCAGGUGAUGAUCACGAUUAUUGUGAAGUUGUUCAUAGUUAUACUGACGAUUAUGGUUCUGUAAAGGAGGUUCCUGAAUAUAAUGUGAAAGCAUUUGCAAUGACAAGUGGUAUACGAAGACCAGGAUAUCAAUUACUUUCACUUUAUUACGUUCAUGAAGAAGGGAAAGCGCCUUCAGAAUCUUACCAAACUCAGCUUUGUUUACUUCCUGACCAGAUUGCAAUAUAUGUUUUCUACGGUCUUUGUUCUUUAUUAUUAUUUGCUGUUGUUACGUAUCAUACAAACAAGCACUUCCAGAAGUCUGGUCGUCUUCUUCCUUUAUACCAUACUCAAGCUCAAAAUAGGCGUGCCAAUCCUCGUUAUCAUUACAAAAGCAUCCUACAUAAAUCAUUUAAGCAGUUCACAUUUCUCACCUGGCCCGCUGUACUAUUCUUUUUGGUUUUGAAUGUUUUCAGCGUUUAAUACCCGUUUAAUAGAACUUUUACAUACGCUUUAUUUUAAUGAAAAGUAAUCAAUUUUUAUUAAUAAGACAUGA